UAAAGAAUGGCGUCCUUGAUUCUGGAAGAUGGGACCGUGUUCCGAGGUCGGCCUUUCGGGGCCGACGUGUCGGUGUCCGGAGAAGUGGUGUUUCAGACGGGCAUGGUGGGUUACCCUGAAGCUCUGACGGACCCCUCAUACCGCUGUCAGAUCCUGACGCUCACGUACCCCCUGGUCGGGAACUACGGGGUCCCCCACGAUGAGGAGGGCAAGUUUGGACUCAGCAAGUGGUUUGAGUCGUCCAGGAUCCAUGCAGCAGCUCUGAUAGUGGGGGAGCUGAGCCGGUGUCCCAGUCACUGGAAUUCAGCCAUGUCUCUGGACCAGUGGCUCAGAGAACAAGGCAUCCCUGGGCUAGAAGGAGUGGACACCCGCUGCCUGACCAAGAAGAUCCGGGAGAAGGGGACCCUGCUUGGCCGGCUGGUGAUGGACGGCACCGCUGAGUCCAGCGUUCCCAUGGACAACCCUGACCAGAGAAACCUGGUCAGGGAGGUCUCCAUGAAGGAUCCUCGCGUGUUCAACGCAGAGGGUCGUCUGCGCAUCACGGCGGUGGACUGCGGCAUUAAGUACAACCAGAUCCGCUGCCUGGCGGAGCGGGGGGCCUGCGUCACUGUGGUGCCCUGGGACCACCCUCUGGACAGUACAGAUUUUGACGGGCUGUUCAUCAGCAACGGGCCGGGCGACCCCCAGUUCUGCCAGGCCACCAUAGAGAACGUGAGGAAGGUGGUGUGUGUCGAGCAGCCCAAGCCUGUGUUCGGUAUCUGCCUGGGACACCAGCUGCUCUCCCUGGUCAUCGGUGCCAAGACCUUCAAGAUGAAGUAUGGUAACAGAGGCCACAACCAGCCCUGCAUCCACAAGGGCACGCAGCGCUGCUUCAUCACCAGCCAGAACCACGGCUUCGCUGUGGACCCCCUGACCCUGCCCACGGACUGGGACGUCCUCUUCACCAACGCCAACGACCAGACCAGCGAGGGCAUCGUGCACAACACACAGCCUCUCUUCAGUGUCCAGUUCCACCCGGAGCACAUGGCCGGGCCCACCGACCUGGUGGGUCUGUUUGACGUCUUCAUCGACACGGUCCACGACCACAAGGAGGGACGGCCGGGGGCAUCUGUAAAGCAGAGGCUGACCGACCACCUGACCUUCCCCGGGUCGCAGAAGCCAGAGGACUUUGUCCGGCCCAGGAAGGUCCUGAUUCUGGGCUCUGGGGGGCUCUCCAUCGGCCAGGCUGGGGAGUUUGACUACUCCGGGUCCCAGGCGAUCAAGGCGUUGAAGGAGGAGAACAUUCAGACUGUGCUGAUCAACCCCAACAUCGCCACCGUGCAGACGUCUAAAGGACUUGCUGACAAGGUCUACUUCCUGCCAAUCACUCCGGAGUACGUCACACAGGUGAUAAAGAACGAGAGGCCCGACGGCGUCCUGCUGACGUUCGGCGGGCAGACGGCGCUGAACUGCGGCUGCGAGCUCACCCGGCUAGGGGUGCUGGAGAAGUAUGCGGUGCGCGUGCUGGGGACGCCCGUGGCUUCCAUCGAGAUGACGGAGGACCGCAAGGUGUUUGUGGAGAAGAUGGAGGAGAUCAGUGAGCACGUGGCCCCCAGCGAGGCGGCCCUCUCCGUGGAGCAGGCGCUGGCGGCUGCAGAGCGGCUGGGUUACCCGGUGCUGGUGCGUUCAGCGUUUGCUCUCGGUGGACUGGGCUCCGGCUUCGCCAACAACGGCGAGGAGCUUAUCACGCUGGUCACAGCGGCUUUCGCCCACACUACACAGGUCCUAGUGGACAAGUCGCUCAAAGGCUGGAAGGAGAUAGAGUACGAGGUGGUCCGAGAUGCCUACGACAACUGUAUCACGGUGUGCAACAUGGAGAACAUCGACCCCCUGGGCAUCCACACGGGAGAGUCCAUCGUAGUGGCUCCAAGCCAGACGCUCAACGACUACGAGUACAACAUGCUGAGGAACACGGCCAUCAAGGUCAUCCGACACCUGGGCAUCGUGGGAGAAUGCAACAUCCAGUACGCCCUCAACCCAGAGUCUGAGCAGUACUACAUCAUUGAGGUGAAUGCCCGUCUGUCUCGGAGCUCGGCGCUGGCCAGUAAGGCCACUGGCUAUCCUCUGGCCUACGUGGCCGCUAAACUGGGCCUGGGGAUUCCUCUCCCUCUACUGAAGAACUCUGUCACCAACUCCACCACGGCUAACUUUGAGCCCAGUCUGGACUACUGCGUGGUGAAGGUCCCCCGCUGGGACCUCAGCAAGUUCCUCCGGGUGUCCACCAAGAUAGGCAGCUCGAUGAAGAGCGUGGGUGAGGUCAUGGCGAUCGGCAGGCGCUUCGAGGAGGCCUUCCAGAAAGCACUGAGGAUGGUGGACGAGAACUGUGUGGGCUUUGACCACACCAUAAGGCCGGCUUCGGAGUCCGAGCUGCAGAUGCCGACGGACAAGCGGAUCUUUGUGUUGGCGUCAGCCCUGAAGGCCGGCUACACAGUGGACCACCUGUACGACCUGACCAAGAUCGACCGCUGGUUCCUCAACAAGAUGAAGAACAUAGCUGACCAUGAACGCCUGUUGGAGACCUACAACCAGGAUGAGUGCACCAUACCCCAAGACGUCAUGCACAAGGCCAAGCAGCUGGGAUUCUCUGACAAGCAGAUUGCCAUGGCUGUCCAGAGCACGGAACUGGCAGUGAGGAAGCUGCGUCACGAUUGGUCGAUACUGCCCGUGGUGAAGCAAAUUGACACGGUGGCAGCCGAAUGGCCCGCCCAUACAAACUAUCUGUACCUGACCUACAAUGGCAUUGAGAGCGACGUGGCCUUCCAAGAGCCUCACGUCAUGGUGCUUGGCUCCGGUGUAUACCGCAUCGGCAGCAGCGUGGAGUUUGACUGGUGCGCAGUCGGCUGCAUCACGGAGCUGCGCAAAAUGGGCUACAAGACGAUUAUGGUGAACUACAAUCCAGAGACUGUAAGCACGGACUACGACAUGUGCGACCGCCUUUACUUUGAUGAGAUCUCAUUUGAGGUAGUGAUGGACAUCUACGAGCUGGAGAACCCAGAGGGGGUGAUCCUCUCAAUGGGCGGCCAGCUGCCCAACAACAUCGCCAUGGCGCUGCACCGCCAGCAGUGCCGAAUCCUGGGCACCACGGCGGAGUUCAUCGACUCGGCCGAGAACCGCUUCAAGUUCUCCCGCAUGCUGGACACCAUCGGCAUCAGCCAACCACGCUGGAAGGAGCUCUCUGACACGGAGUCUGCCAUGAGGUUCUGUGAGUCGGUGGGCUACCCGUGUCUGGUGCGCCCCUCCUACGUGCUGAGUGGAGCGGCUAUGAACGUGGCGCACACCGACAGUGACCUGGAGAAGUACCUGACCAGUGCCGUGGCCGUGUCCAAAGAGUACCCCGUUGUCAUCUCAAAGUUCAUCCAGGAGGCCAAGGAGAUCGAUGUAGACGCAGUGGCGUGCGACGGAGUGGUGAUCGCCAUGGCGGUGUCGGAGCAUGUAGAGAACGCGGGCGUGCACUCCGGGGAUGCCACGCUGGUGACCCCACCCCAGGACAUCAACCACAAGACCAUGGAACGGAUCAAGAUGAUCGUGCACGCCAUCGGCCAGGAGCUGGUGGUCACAGGGCCCUUCAACCUGCAGCUCAUAGCCAAGGACGACCAGCUGAAGGUGAUUGAGUGCAACGUCCGCGUCUCUCGCUCCUUUCCGUUUGUCUCCAAGACUCUGGGCGUGGAUCUGGUUGCCCUGGCGACGCGCGUCAUCAUGGGGGAGGAGGUGGAGCCCAUCGGCCUCAUGAGGGGAAAGGGCAUCGUCGGAGUCAAGGUGCCCCAGUUCUCCUUCUCCCGGCUUGCGGGGGCUGACGUGGUGCUGGGAGUGGAGAUGGCCAGCACUGGAGAGGUGGCCUGCUUCGGGGAGAACCGCUAUGAGGCCUACCUGAAGGCUAUGCUCUCCACCGGCUUCAAGAUCCCCAAGAAGAACAUCCUGUUGUCCAUCGGCAGCUUCAAGAAUAAGAGUGAGCUGCUACCUACGGUGCAGGCGUUGGAGAGUAUGGGCUAUGAUCUGUACGCUAGCCUGGGCACUGCAGACUUCUACAAUGAACAUGGAGUUAAGGUGAAGGCCGUGGACUGGCCCUUCGAGGAAGAGGUCAGUGAGAUCCCCAACAAAGAGAAGCAGAGGAGCAUUAUGAACUACCUGGAGGAGAACCACUUCGACCUGGUCAUCAACCUCUCCAUGAGAAACAGCGGGGGCCGACGCCUCUCCUCCUUCGUCACCAAGGGUUACCGGACCCGCCGCAUGGCUAUCGACUACUCCGUCCCCCUCAUCAUAGACAUCAAGUGCACCAAGCUCUUUGUUCAGGCCCUCCAUCAGGUCGGCCGCAGCCCUCCUGUGAAGACCCACAUCGACUGCAUGACCUCCCAGAAGCUGGUGCGGCUCCCGGGUCUGAUAGAUGUCCACGUCCACCUACGUGAGCCCGGGGCCUGCUACAAGGAGGACUUUUCUUCAGGCACGGCUGCAGCCCUGGCAGGGGGGGUGACCAUGGUGUGUGCCAUGCCCAACACCGCCCCGGCCAUCACUGACCAAGCCACACUUGCUCUGGUGCAGAAGCUGGCAAAGGCAGGCUGCCGCUGUGACUACGCUCUGUACGUAGGAGCUGCCUCCGACAACGCCGGCCUCCUGCCCGCCAUCGCCAGCCAGGCGGUGGGCCUAAAGAUGUACCUCAACGACACCUUCUCCACCCUCAAGAUGGACAAUGUGGGACUCUGGAUGGAGCACUUUGAGAAGUGGCCCAAGCACCUGCCCAUCGUGGCGCACGCGGAGAAGCAGACGGUGGCGGCUGUCCUGAUGGUGGCCCAGCUCUACCAGCGCUCAGUCCACAUCUGCCACAUCGCCAAGAAGGAGGAGAUUCUGAUUGUGCGUGCGGCCAAGCAGAAGGGCGUCCAGGUGACGUGUGAGGUGGCCCCCCACCACCUCUUCCUGUGUGAGGACAACAUGGCCGACAUCGGGGGGGAGGGCUGGGCCCAGGUGAGGCCCAUGCUGGGGUCCCGGGCUGACAUGGAGGCCCUCUGGGAGAACCUGGACAUCAUCGACUGCUUCGCCACAGACCACGCUCCUCACUCCCUGGAGGAGAAGAGCGGGCAGAACCCACCCCCCGGCUACCCGGGUCUGGAGACCAUGCUGCCACUGCUGCUCACCGCCGUGAGUGACGGACGCCUCACCCUCGAAGACAUCAUCCGCCGUCUCUACGACAACCCGCGCAAGAUCUUCUCCCUGCCCGUCCAGGACAACACCUACGUAGAGGUUGAUCUGGAGCAGGAAUGGGUCAUCCCUAAGGCCAUGCAGUUCACCAAGUCCAAGUGGACCCCCUUCCAGGGGAUGAAGGUCCGGGGCAAGGUGCGCCGGGUGGUGCUGCGUGGAGAGGUCGCCUACAUCGACGGCCAGGUGUUGGUAUCCCCUGGGUACGGAGAGGACGUGAAGACCUGGCCAACAGCCACCACUACCCAGCUCUCUCCUGAAGCCAUCAAAGAAGCCUCCCUGACCCCUGAGCGCCUGAGGCCCACCCCCCCCCGCGAGGCUACGGUGCGGACCCGGGCAGCCAGCCCACGCCGUGCUGAGGGACGCUACAUGCUGCCCCCCCGUGUGCACCGCUCCUCUGACCCAGGCCUGGCCCCAGCCGAAGAGACAAAGGACAGAUCUCUGAGGAGGCCGAUUGAUGAAGAGCUGAUGGUUCCUGUCAGUCUGGCUGCUGGGGACAGCUACAGCCAUCCCCCUCCGCUGUCACGCCUCCUCUCCCCCCAGGCCGGGCAGUCACUCCCCGUCUCCCACCUGCAGAUCUCCCCUUUACUGCACCCGCUGGUGGGACAGCACAUCCUGUCAGUAAGACAGUUCAGCAAGGAGCAGAUCUCCCACCUUUUCAAUGUUGCCCACAAUCUGCGUCUCCUGGUGCAGAAGGAGCGCAGCCUGGACAUCAUGAAGGGCAAGGUGAUGGCGUCCAUGUUCUACGAGGUCAGCACGCGCACCAGCAGCUCGUUCGCUGCGGCCAUGCAGCGUCUGGGCGGCUCGGUGGUACACUUCAGCGAGGCCACCUCCUCCUCCCAGAAGGGCGAGUCCCUGGCCGACUCGGUGCAGACCAUGAGCGGAUACGCUGACGUCCUGGUGCUCCGGCACCCCAAGCCCGGUGCUGUUGAGAUGGCCUCGCGUCACUGUCGCAGGCCAGUGAUCAACGCGGGGGACGGGGUGGGCGAGCACCCCACCCAGGCCCUGCUGGACGUGUUCACCAUCAGAGAGGAGCUGGGGACGGUCAACGGGAUGACGAUCACCAUGGUGGGAGACCUUAAACACGGGCGCACGGUGCACUCCCUGGCCAAGCUGCUGACCCAGUACCGCAUCACGCUGCGCUACGUGGCGCCCCCGAACCUCCACAUGCCCGCCCAGAUCCUGGACUUCGUGGCCUCCAAAGGCAUCAAGCAGGAAGAAUUUGAGAGCAUCGAAGAGGCCCUGCCUGAGACGGACGUCCUCUACAUGACCCGCAUCCAGAGGGAGAGAUUUGCCACAGAGGAAGAGUACAAGGCUUGUUUUGGCCAGUUCAUCCUUACCCCACACAUCAUGACCGCCGCUAAACGCAGGAUGGUUGUCAUGCAUCCUCUCCCGCGAGUCAAUGAGAUCAGUGCAGAGGUUGACUCGGACCCACGAGCAGCCUACUUCCGGCAAGCUGAAAACGGCAUGUACAUCCGAAUGGCACUGCUAGCUACAGUUCUUGGAAGAUAGACUGGGGACGUUCUAGGAGAUGGGCUACUAUUUGAAGAAGGCUUUUUUUUUUUUUUGUAGGUUAUAGAUGAAAAAUACUUAUAGUUCAGAAACUUACAUUCCCUGUUAAAUCAGUCCUGUAGUCUACUUGGUUGGAAAACAAGUUCUAGAGUAUGUAUAAAGGAAGUCAGGGUGUUGGGUGGAGGUCAAGCAAAUGGAAAAUACAAGAUGUAUUUUUGUUCUUUGUUGAACCAAAUAGCUAAUUUAUGUAUCUGAAAUAAGCCCAAACACCAUCUCCAUGAAGACAUAAGUGAUUAUGUUUUAAACAACGGUGGGAUAGAAAAAGGGAAAUGGAGACUAUUUGAUAAUUCAGACGAUGAUGGGGAGGGGAGAUUUUGGCCUGAUCCUGGUAUUGAUCCUUGGGGAUUAAUUUGGUGCUCCUCAUUUCUCAUCAUGACCUCAGCCCGCAAGAUGGCUAAUGUGCCCUUGAGUGAUGGAUAAGAAUGUGCCACAGGAGAUUAAAGCCAUAGGUUUUUGUCUAAAUAAAAAGAAAAUGCUUAUGUCACAGUCACCUGUUAUACGACUUACUUUUUGUUUAGUCCAAUUCAAUCGCUGGUGAAUAGAUGAGCUUCCACAAUUGCAUUGAAGAUUGAAUGUUAUGUUAUUCCUGCUCAGUGUACACGUGUCUGAUUAGACAUUCCUAAACCUUUCCAUAAAAAAAAGUUGCCUAAAAGAAUACGAGAAUACGUCAUUUUCCAUCUCUCUGAUACAGCUAAUCUUUUUGGAUUGAUGCAUUCAUUUUACAUUGAACCGAUACACAACUAUUCUGUUAUGUAUAAAUUAUUGCUUUGUGUAAGGUAUAUUAGCAUUCACCAAAACACACUUUACAGUACUAUAUUUUUUAAAUAU